UGUGAGCAAGGACACUGAACCCAAAGACCCAUAUCCCAUUCCAAGAAAGAUUAUGGCUGAACCAGACUACAUAGAUGAUGACAAUCCUGAAUUAAUUAGACCUCAGAAAUUAAUUAAUCCCGUGAAGUCAUCCCGGAAUCAUCAAGAUCUCCACAGAGAGUUGCUUAUGAAUCAGAAAAGGGGUCUUGCACCUCAGAACAAACCAGAGCUACAGAAGGUGAUGGAGAAAAGGAAACGAGAUCAAGUUAUUAAACAACAAAAAGAAGAGGAAGCACAAAAGAAGAAAUCAGACCUGGAAAUAGAGCUACUGAAACGGCAGCAGAAACUGGAGCAGCUGGAACUGGAGCAGCAGAAGAUGCAGGAAGAGCAGGAAAACGCACCUGAAUUUGUCAAAGUCAAGGGCAACUUGAGGAGGACGGUCCAGGAAGCAACAGAAGCACCAGACUCCUAAAGCCAGCGCCUGCUCAGACUUCCAGCUUUCCUGCAGAGAGAGGCUUUUGCAAGUUGUCUCAGAUUUGCCCCUCAAGAGGGAAAAUAACAGCAUCCAGCUGGCACUUACUGAAGAUGAGAUUUUUAAUUCCUGGGAUGUGUGGAUUAAAAAGACAGUACCAUAAACAGAUCGACUUGCCAAAUGCAGUCUUGAGAUCAAUGGAUAAGGAGUCUGUUUGUCAGUUCAGUGUCAUGGACCAGUCUGAUGUGCUUACUCAGAGAUUUUAACCAGGGAUACUAGAGAAACUCCUUCAGUGUUGCACUGCUUUAUCUCUUGUGAUCCUAGUUUAGUGGAGAUACACAGAUUAUAUUUGCUUUAAAAAGAACAAAAAUCCUCCUGUGAUGUCUUACAAAGCUUUGCUGUGCAGGUAGAUUGCCUCCAUCUAGAACUACAGCCUGUGUAUAUCCCACAAUAAUUUGUGUUUAGUUGGAAUUUUUAUCAAAGCUGGGAGGAUGGAGGUGUGUUGAUCACUGCUGCCCAUCCCCACUAGGAUAGGCAGCUGUGGGCAAGAUGAGAAUGCUUCAAAUUCACCAGCAGUGAAAAGUUGAGCAGCCUUAAAGCCCAUUUUUCCUUGUUUGGCUUGUAGAAUUUGGGCUAUGAAGGAGCAGAAAUCUGAUGAUCCUCUCACCAGGGAGAAUCCAGAAGCUGAUUUAUCUCUGUCUUUAAACUUACACCGUUGUGUACAGGCCUGUGCAGUGCUACCUGUGAACUGUGAAUUUACCUCUCAAUGCAAAAUGACCUGUCUUCUACUUCUAGUGUUUUGAAGUCCUACUUACUUUGCUGUUGUGGCCUUUCUCAUCUAAGGACAUGGUCAUCUGAGUACAGUGUUAACACAUUACUUGGUAGUGUUCAAACUUAUUUGCUGGAACUGAAAUCAGGAAUCUGAUCUGCCAUCAAUUCCAGCUCUUUGCUUGCAGGAACUUGUUGCAGUUCGUGCAACAGAGCAGCGUUUAAGCCAGACCAAACUGAUUGUUGGAAUCUGCUGAAAUGGAAUUUUUUUCCCCUAAAGUGAGGCAUAAAAUGAAAUUCAUUUUAUCCCAUCCUUCCUUUAGCCUCAAGAAAGAAGGGGAGUGUGUUACCACUGAGUCUUAGGGUCCAAUUCUGUCACCUUCUGCCUUUCCACAAGUUGCCCCUGUGUCUUGCCAUUAAAUAAAAUAUUACUCAGCUUGCACAGGGAUGGCAGAAUCUGAUCCUUCAUGCUUAUGACUACUAGUUAUCCAGGAAAGCCUGGGUUGAGGAGGGGGGAACAGAUUACUCAUGUAGGAUUAUAGAAUUGGAUUCUCACCUGUUGUGAAUGGGUGCAGGUACCUUAUCUUCAGAAUCUGGGGAGAAAUCCUCAUCUUCCUUGGUCGGCACAGUCCUAGCUCUCACUGAAGCUGUGUUCAUCCUCAUCAGCUGAGGAUCUAAUCCUAGUCUUUGCCUUAGGAUGCUAAACAAAAUAAUUUCUACUUUGUAAUGACAUUGGACAUAACUGUUUGAGAACACUUUUUAUUAAUAUCAA